AUGAGCAGGCAGACCCCACCCACACUCCUGCAGCUGGCAGGGGAGAGCCUGCUGAGGGACCAGGCCUCAGCCAUCACAGCUCCGGACUACCUGCCGGCUGAGCUCCUCCCCCCGCUGUUCAUUCAGGCUUACCGUAGGAGAAUCCGGGAGCCCCUGAAGGCGAUGGUGCACGCCUGGCCCUUCACUAUGCUCCCUCUGGGGAACCUGAUGAAGCUGCCUGAGGUCAUAGUCUUAAAAGCCGUGUUGGAUGGGCUUGACGUUCUGCUUGCCCAGGAGGUUAGGCCCAGGAGGUGGAAACUGCGGGUGCUGGAUUUCAGGGACACGGGUGCCAACUUCUGGAGAAUGUGGAGUGGAGACAGCACCCCGAAGUGCUCACCUAGGGGACCAAUGACUGUGCACAGCUCCAGCCCCAACAUGGAGCAUCCCUUGGCUCCCUUGGAGGUGUUCCUAGACCUUAACUUCAAUGCAAGGGAUGCGGAUGAGUUUCUCAUGCACAUCAUCCAAUGGGCCAAGGAGAGGGAAGGGUUGCUACACCUGUGCUGCAAGGCGGUGAGGAUUUCUGAGACGCCCCUCCAGAGGGUCAGGAGGGUCCUGGAUAGGGUGCAGCUGGACUGCAUCCAGGAAGUGGAAGUGAACUGCACCUGGGACCUGCCCACCCUGGGGACGUUUGCUCUCCACCUGGGUCAGAUGAGUAACCUGCAGAGACUCUCUCUCCCCCACAUCGAUGUGUUGGCUGAGGAGGAGGACUGGGAGGAGGAAGAGGAUUGGGACAGGAAACAGCAGGAGGAGCAGCGAUCCUUUUCCCAAUUCCUCUCUCAGAUGCUCAGGCUGCGGCACCUCCGGGACCUCAACAUGGAUUUUCCCUCCUUCCUCCAAGGCCGUCUGGACCAGAUGCUCAGGUGCCUGCAGGCCCCCUUGAACAAACUCUCCAUGGAAAAUUGCCAGAGGCUGACGCAUUCAGACCUAACACACCUGUUCCAGUGCCCGAACCUCAGGCAGCUGAAGUCCCUGCAUCUGUUUCGCCUCAGCCUCGUGGAUUUUAGUCUUGAGCCCCUCCAAGCUCUGCUGGAGGCAGUGGCACCCACCCUCCAGGACCUGUGCCUGGAUCACUGUGGGAUGGUGGACUCCCAAGUCGAGGCCAUCCUGCCUGUCCUGAGCCGCUGUCACCAGCUCAGGGAGUUCACCAUCUCGAAGAACAACUUUUCCGUGGCCACCGUGGAGAAGCUGCUGCGCCACACAGCCGGGCUGCGCAGUUUAGAGUUCGAGCUGUACCCUGUCCCUCUGGAGUGUUACAGGAGCCAGGGAACCGUCAACCAGGAGAGACUUGCCAGGAUCCGGGCUGAGCUCAUGGGGAUACUGAGGGAGUUAGGACAGCCCAGGACCAUCUGUCUUGCCACCAAGCACUUUGGCGAUAGUGAGUUUUAUGUUGUGGCAUUUUCAUGA